AUUCCGGUUGCUGUGCAACGAAAGCGAAAUGGCGACGGCUGUGUGAGGCAGUCAGGCGUGUGUGCUGCCGCCGUGCGCCGCUAAUCUACGUGCCUGUGAGGAGGGAUACCCGCUUUUGUGCAUCUCGCCGUGCGCGUCGCCAGGACAGUGCGGAUUUCGCUCGUCCAACACUCUCCUGGUCGAUCAAUUUUCAUCUCACGCUAACACGCAGAAAUUGUGUGGGAAAAAGUGCCAACAAGAGUACCAUAAGGUCUGACCGCCACCUUUGUCAGGUGCUCCGCAGCCGCUGCAGACUGAGGGCCCUGGGUUAAUUAUAGGAGUCAGGAAAGAGGUAGUGGCCGAGUACUGCUCCAGAGAGUCCAAUUCCUGUUCUGAUAACCCAUUCUGGUUUCCCGUGGUGGCACCCUUUCCAACGCCAGUGACGUCUACGUUGGAAGUCCAAUUGGGUGAUUUGAGGACUGCUCGUGUCCAGGCUGCUGCGUUGUCACGUGGCGAAGACAGCCGACCUCAGCUGGCCAUGCUCAGCACCACGGGAUGGUUCGACGCGUUCCGCGAGAACGGCGGACCGACGCUGUACACCAGCGACAACCGCACCGCGGUGAGCGCCGACCGCGCCGAGGUGCUCGUGUACCUGGCCUUCUUCACGCUCCUCGCGGCAUUCCUCGCCAUUGUGCCGGGAAUACGCAAGGAGCGCGCGGUCACCGUGGUCACCGUGGUCUUCAGCCUCUUCGUGGGCGCUUCCAUACUGAUCAGCGUGCACGGAUCGCGCUGGCACGUCGGUCAGGGCCGGACGCACACCUACUAUCGGUCCUUCUCGGCGGAACGGCUUCCCGCGCUGCUGGGCGUGCACGUCGGUCUGUACUCGGUGAACGUGACGUACGCGGUCGAAGCCGGAAGCAACAGCAGCGCCGACAUUCGCUUCAACGAAGAGUUUGCGUGGCCGAAGCCAACAUCGCUGCGCAAGGAAUACCACGAGGCGCUUGUCAAGGGCCUGCCUUUCCCCAUCCUCACGGUGCUGGACUACUUGAGUCAGCCGUCGUACUGGACGCAGGACGCCGGCGGGUUCCAGUGGGGCCGCAUGUACCGCCGCGCGGGCGACUGGACGCAGCUCUUCCUGUGGGCCGCGUUCGCCGCCUGGCUGCUCGCCGACGUGCUGCUGUGCGCGGUGCCCCGCUACGGCGCCUACUGCACGCAGCUCAGCGGCGCGCUGAUGGUGCUCUCCGCGGUGGUGUACGGCAGCCUGCUGCCCGACAUGCCGCUCGUCAUCCCGCUCGAGGGACGCUUCCUGCGCCUGUCGCUCGGCUGGAACUACUGGCUGGUGCUGGUCGUCGGUAUCAUGGCAGUAAUAUUUGGAGGCUCCAUGGCUGUGGUAGACGUCCUUUACCCGAGCAAGUUCCCUACAAUCCUGGAGGUGGACUACGACACUCCUUACCGCUACUUCGUCGCGCAAGGAAACCAAAGCAGUCGCAAUACGAGCGCCGCUAACAGCACGGCGAACACGCCCGUGCCGUUGCCGAAGUACCAAAAGAUGGGACAUGGCGACGAUUACAGCGGACCUUCUUCGAGUGGCCUGCACCAACUUGGAAGCGAGGAUGGCGACUCCAUCACGCACAUAAUCGACGACGCGGAGGACGGCAUCGACAACGCCGCCUUCGAGCAGGAGAGCGACGACGGCUGCGUCAUCGUAGAUGGCAAGCGCGCCGUGACGCUCCAGGACUUCGGCAAAUUCGCCGACUCCAACCGGGCUCAAAGCCCCGCAGGAUCCCGGGCCGGUUCUGUGGCAGCUAAGAGACGCGUUCUCGGCUCUAGCAUCGGAUUCAACGUGAAAGACGUCACCAUAGACAUGCACAGUGACUCGUCCAAGUGGUGACAUCUUUUGCCGCAUGGGAAUUAGGAACUGUGUCGCUGCGGCGCAGCAAAAUGAGAUGCCCGCCACACUGACAUGUGCGCAGGUGCUGCCUAGUCGAACAACACUGCGAACACGCAAAUGAUCUUGUGUGCAAUCUCGCCACAAGGUAGCAGGUGGUGCACUGCCUAUUUGGGUCUUUGGUCAUGCCUCGAAGUGAAAUUUGUGCGUGCCGCGUUGUCCGAGAUAUUUUUCCCUGUACGUUUUACGUGCACAAGAAGAGAAAGACUAGAGAAAUAUUUCGCUUUGUUUCCUGGCGAAAUGAAAUGAGUCACUUAGGACAUUUAAUAGCUUCAAUCAAUUGUUGCAUGAUGUGACCUAAUAUUCAACAUCGGCCUGUCUGUUCGGUCCUAUAAAGCAAGUGCCUGGAUUUUUGAUCACUUGAUGUGUGACAUCAUGCUUCGUAUUUGUUUUUUUUCAUUCAUGCCAUAGCGAAAGUUUAAUAGCUCAUCUCGAGAGUAUUCACCCUACUGAAAAUGUCAUUUUUCCCCAGAAAGCUUCAUCUGACUUUAAAAUCUUGUUUGUAGAUGUAUGCGUCGCACUUGCAUUUGGCAGUUCCCGUUUGAGAAAAAAAAAAGAUACUGUCGAUGUGGCCACAUGCCAAGGAUGGAACGUUCACCUUCCCUGAGUCGCUAAAAGGGCGCACAAGUAUGACAGGCGCCGACUGCCUUCGAGAAUAAAAAUCUGGGAAUUCAGCACGAGUUUACAAAACUUCCUGCUCAUCGGCUGCUCAUAUUUGUUCGGGUAGCAGAUAUACACCAUACUGCCUCCAGGGCUGUAUACUAAUAGGUACGUUUUAGUGCCAAACGCUCUUACUAGAAGGCAACAAAUUUAACACCUUUGUGCAGAUAUUCACAACUGUUCAAUGUGUGAUUUCAAAUGGAAAUAUUUUGUCAAGCCCAAAGAAAGUCGACUGAGACAUUGUAUGGGAGCUUUGCCAUUAUCUCCACAAUAACGGCGUUAACCCUAGCAUGGACUUCAUACGUUUACAUUUACUUUCCAUACAAAACGGCUUUCUAGACACAAAUUACGUGGCUAUAUCUGCCAUAAAUUGUGUAAGUGUCCAGAAAGUCGUGCGUCUUUGAUGAAGGUGAAUGCUACGGGCACAUCAGGGCAUAUGCAUAACAUUACAAGUUUGCGAUGGAGCAAUUCAAAACGAUCACUUCUUCGAUUAAAUAAGUUGAAAGGAACUUUAAUAUUUUUCGUGUAAAGCUUGCGGAUAGGUUGGUGAUGUUGAGUAGUGUGCUAGGCCUGGGUAAAUUAAAGGUACAGUGCACUUUUUAUCAUCAGUAGCUGUAUACCUGCUCAAUUGUAAGGAAACUUUAAACAAUGCAGGUGUGAUGAUAGGAAAAGAAAUUAUUGCUCCAUUUGAUGCCUCCUUACAGGCUAGUUUUAGGAAUGACAAACAGUUAUGAACUCAACUCUGUUACAGCACAGUAAAAGAACAGCUUUAUGUAGGUUCGCCGCAUCUUUGGCAUUUUUUUCUUUUGUAGUUAUUGCAAUGUAUGGUUGCUUUUCUACAAGAAUGUUGUACAGUUGUCGUUGUUCAUGGGAGUGACCCUUACUUGCAUUUAAAUUUGGAACGUCAUUGCACUGUCUUAUUUCCAUUUUUCACAUUCAUUUUCAUUGUUUUGUUACAUUUUAGUAGUAAUUAUAUGGUAUUUUUAUCGUGUGUUCUGUAAGCAACCAUGGUUUGUGCGUGUAUGUUAUUUAUUGCUGGCACUCGAGAGCUCGUCUUCACUUGGCGCCCCUUGUUUACGAGGUAAACAUCGUGUUAUGUAAAAAAUGGCCGCCAGAAUUAGUGUGUGAUAAUGACUCUAGUCUCCAUUGUGUUUGAGAUACCCUUGUCAUAGAUGAAAAUCCAGCGGUAUUACGAGUGAUCACACUUGCGUUAAACGAGUCAUGAAACCAUGCAUUGUUGCUAUACUAAAAAACAAGUGCCAUUGAUUUGAUGCUGUCAGCCGCCGUAGGACAUACUAAGCCUCUGUUUGACAACAGUGAGCGCUGUUGCCGAAUCUUCUGAUGGUGUACAACGUGCGGUCUGUCUAGACGCAGCCGCGCUGGGUACCAGGACAUGGCACAUGUGCCGCCGCCAAGGAAUUUCUGCGCCAAAAGCAGGAAAUUGCGCCGCCUUGCAUAAAAGGCGCUGCCCUGUGACAUUUCUUUUCGCAAUUAUGUUGUUGAGUACUUUUUCCUUGAAUGUAGAAACAAAGGUGUGACAAGGGUAUUGGUUAUUCAACCUUUACGAUUGUGGCCGCGUUUUGUUUUGGGUGUAAUUUUUGCAAGUUUUCUGUUAACUGUCAAUAAAGUUCCAACGCUGUUUCA